AUGUGCUCGAAGGAGAUUUUGUCUGCUUGUGCACCCACAUUUGAGGACAUUGCUCUUGAGAACCGUAAACUUUUGGAGUUAUUGGGCAUUCUUCCAAACAACCGGGCUGUUUUACAUUCUUUGAUGCAGAUGAUGUCCUGCAUGGGGGAAUUGUCUAAUCUUGCAUACAACAAUGAAACGUCACUAUCGCCCUUUGAGCAGGGUGAGGUCCGUGCGGUUGUGGGAAAGAUGGCGGUCUGUUUGGCCACAUUUGGCGAGGCAUUUGACAUCAAUGUGGGCCAAGCCGCCAUGGAUACUCUUGCGGAUCAGUUCCAUCGAGCAAGCAACAGUACGUUGGGGCGAUCCAGAGCGGAACGGAAGAAGUCUUUCUUGUCGACGCUCGUUGCAGAGGAUACUGCAAAAGAGGAAGGAAAGAGCCAUGCUCAUGCUCGGCCCAAUAUUCUUUUGUCACCAACGUCGAAUCGAGACUUCUUUGGGUUUCUGGACGAACUCGUUACUUACAGUCGAAGUGACUUUGAAAAGGCCGAGCUGAAGUGGGUGGCUCCGCUGCCUGACGGAACAAUUCAGGAACUCGUUGAGAAUGGCUCGGCGAUCAACGUGCAGUACAAUGACCUCCCCAAGUACUUGGAGUGUGUUCAACGCUACCGCAAUGCCAGAACGAAUGAGGCGAAUAGGAAUAAACCCGAAGCGGAGACUGCACCCUUCGUAACAUCGCAGCGUGUCAAGAGCGCCUCAGUUCCUAUUUUGCCAGACAACUCACAGCAUGACAAGGAACGACCCAUUUCUUCCCCAGGCGUAAUGGACGGAGGUCUGAUGAGUCCUGGGACCUUGAUGUUCCCAUCGGCAUCGGAUACAUCGGUGGCCAAGGCAGACAUUGGCGAUUUCAGCUCUGCUGAGUUAUGUUCUUCAGAUGCCGACUUUUGCGCCAAGGUUGAGGGGCUAAAGCGAGGACAAGUGACGGGCUUACAGAUUGCACAACUGAACUUGACGUUUAGUGUGCCACGGAACGGUAGACUUGUGGAGCUUAUCCCCAACGGUAUCCAUGUGAAGGUAACAUCUGCUAAUGUGGCCGAGUUUCUUCGACUUUUAGGGGAUAAAUCUGUAAACCAAUGCGGACGAAUUCGUCGUAUGGAGAGCAUUAAGAAAAUUGAGGUUACCGGUGCGGGAUCGCAGGACCUUUCGAGGGAAAAGGACAAAUUUUCUCCGACGCAUUUCUCAAAGGAUAUUUUUGCACCAUACGAAGACCGUACGAGUUUUUUAGUUGAUUUUGAUGCUUCCGAUGAAAUUUUACCUAUUUUUAUAAAAGAGAGGGAACAGCAACAACGCAGGGCUGAAAGCCAGUAUGUACGUGUUGUUUGUCAGGGCGAUCUGAAGGCAUGGAGGGCCAUCAUUGAUGAGGUGCAGAAUAACCCUGCAGCCCUAAAGAAGUACGGAGUAACAUUUUGUGUCCCCGCCGCGGUUGUCGUUGAUGCAACGGAGGAGGAGCAGAUCACGAAAGUACAUGAGUUGAUGCGAGGUGGCAUCUCCACCCCCGUGGAGGACUCUCAACUUUGGCUGUUUUCGAGACUAAUUGAGCAGUUUUCCCAUUCCUUUUCAUGA